AUGAAUUGGAGGUAUAUAUGUGUGUGUUUUUGUAUAUAUUAUAUUGUUUCUAACCUGACCCCUUUUGUGCUUGAUAAUAUGAAUUGUAAUAUUCUUUCUAGAGCCUUGAAGAAAUCACUUGAACCUAAAAACCCAUUUCUUUAUAUGCUCACACACAACUAUGUGAAUGUGUACAUGAAAUGGAAGAAAGAUCCAAACUUUGAUACAAUUGAGUCCGUUAACAAGUCGAUUGAGCUCAAACCCUUGAUUUCUCUCAAGAAUUGUAUUGCAAAUUCACCAAAUGGGUGUAUUCCAAUUACAGAUGUUUCGAAAAGGGGUCUUCAGUUAGAUGUUCCUUGUAAGGUUGCGCGGUUUCUUAGAUUGUACCCUUCUGUUUUUGAGGAGUUUGUUGGUCCUAAUUAUGAUCUUCCUUGGUUUAAGUUGACCGGAAAAGCGGUUGAGUUAGAUCAAGAAGAGAGAGCUGUUUAUAGGGAUUUUAGAGAUGAUUUGCAAGGUAGGUUGAAGAAGUUUAUACUUAUGAGUGGUGAAAAGAGAUUGCCGUUAAAGAUAAUCAGGGGGAUGCAGUGGUAUUUGGGUUUGCCGGAUGAAUAUUUGGACGAUCCGGAGAAAAAUCUUGAUGGCUGUUUUAGGAUUGUAGAUAUUGAAGAUGGGUUGAAGGGUUUAGCUGUUGAAUGUGAGGAAAAGGUUUUGUCUUUUGUUCAGCGGAAUGCAAUGAGGAGAGGUGGGUAUAAUGGGGGAUCAAUGGAAGUCGUUGAAUUUCCGCUUUUUCCAUCGAAGGGGAUGAGGUUGAAGAGGAAGAUUGGUGAUUGGUUUCAUAAAUUUCAAGAGGUGCCAUAUGUUUCACCGUAUGACGAAUAUUGGGGAUUGGAUUCAGAUAGUGAUGUGGCGGAGAAACGGAUUGUUGGAGUGCUUCAUGAAAUGCAUUGUUUGUUUGUUGAUCAUGCUGCCGAGAGAAAGAAGCUUUUAUGCUUGAAGAAGUAUAUGGGUUUGCCACAGAAAUUUCAUAAGGUAUUUGAGAGACAUCCAUAUAUAUUUUAUUUAUCGUUGAUGAAUAAGACUUGCACAACAGUUCUGAAAGAACCUUAUUGUGAUAGGUUAUCUAUAGAGGCGCAUCCACUAUCAAAAAUUAGAAAAAGGUAUAUUGGUCUCAUGAAAGAAUCCGCAGUUAUUUUGAAAAGUAGGCGUUCUAAAAAUCAGUUUAAUCAUCAACAGAAUCUGAGUUUAAAUCAGGAUAUGGGUUGUCUGAGUGAUCCCAAGACUGAAGCGGUAGCACAUACUUAAGAAGCCUACAUACAGGCAGUGGAAGACAUAUUCCGGAUGGAUAAAGUUUUAUUCAAGCGAGAGUUUUUGUAAAGAUGUGAUGGCCUGGUUGUUAUACAAGAUUAAUGGUGAAUCUUCUUACUUGGUACCUGAUGCAAGAAUCUUUGUUUUCAUACACUUUUUUUGUGUCUCUCAUGGAAAGCUAUUGGUCGGACAAGGGAAGUACAUCCACACGCGUGAUGAAAACUCAAAUUUUAAAAGCAAGGAAAAUUGCAGUCUCAAAAAUAUAAUUCCUUCUUGGUCAUCAGUCAAUUUUCUUGGCCUGGCAUGAUCCAUGGUUAGAAAAUGAUCCACUUGUGGUCAAACGGGGUCCUUCUGUCAUUUCCAUCAUGGAAUGAACUUGUAUUGCUUAGCUUAGUACGUUAAUUUAAGAUGGCCAAUGGGCUGUUCAAUCUAGCCAUGAUUUGGCAACCAAAUUGAGGCAAAAAUUGCAAAGAAAUACGGGAUCCACAUUCAUUGACAAUACUCUAUUCAAUUGGAAGGCCUGGGCGAUAAUCAAGUUACUACUUCUGGCAUAUGGAACUCCAUUUACACGUGGACCUCUCCACCUUUAUGUCUCUCUGCUAUCUGGCAUCCUCUGGCAGUUCCAAAAUUUUCCUUGCUCCUGUAGCUUGUUCUCACAGAAAGGCUUUUUACUAACGAUCACAUGCUUCAGUUUGAAAUGCACUCCGAUUCUCUGUGCUGUUCUAACAUUCAAGCCCAGAAACCACCGACCAUUUAUUUGUGGAUUGUACCUCUGUCAACAAGGUACGGCCAACCCCAUUUUAGGCUAAACUCUUAGGACACUUUUAUGGAGGGAAGUUUUCAUGCAAACCCCAUCUUGCGGACCAAACCCUGUAUAUCUAUUCACUACUUAGCAGCAACUGCCAUAGCAUUUGGUGUGAGCACUUCUAUUACGUAAUCAGGGGCAGAGUAGGCUUACUAUUUGAGAGAAAUUAUGUACUUGUGUUUUUCUUCAUGAAACAGGGUGUGAUGUUCUCCUUACAUGAACCUGUACCAACUUAGUAUCCUAUGUUUCAUGAAUUUCUUGUUUACAGAUUUCUAUA